AUGAGCAACAGCAUGCGCGACUUGAUCUCCGGCGAGGCUGAACUCGAUGAUGAGGAGGAGGAUGAGUCCUUUGAUGAGGGCGGUCAACAGCGCAGACGUAAGACUGCGGUGGAAGACUCUAGUGAGGAGGAAGAAGAUGACGAUGAUGAGGAAGAAGCUCGCAAGGUCCGCGAAGGCUUUAUCGUCGAUGAGGAUGAAGACGAGGAGGAAGGCGGCGACUCCGAUGCGGACGUGCGCCCUAUACACAAACGAAAACGGGAACAUCGCGACCGCGAGGAAGAGGCGCAACUCGAUGAAGAUGAUCUGGAUCUGAUCGGCGAACAAUUUGGCGAACGACCCAAACCUCAGACACAGUCCAAAUUCAAACGACUCAAGCGUGGCUACCGUGACGAAGACCGAGGUCCACAGCGACGUGGCUUAGACGAUAUCUUCUCGGACGAGGACGAGGACGCAGGCGAGCAGCGAUCAUACAACAGAUCCUAUCGUCAAGCAGACGAGUUCGACGACUUUAUCGAGGAGGAUUUCCCUGAAGACCCCGAAGAGCUGGAACAACAGCGGGAAGAUGCCGAGGUUGCUCGGCCUCGGGAUCGCGUCAUUGGAAGUAUCACUGAUGCCACCAAUUUGGACAAGGAUACCCUGGAUGAUAUGGAGGCCAUCUUUGGUAACGGUGAAGACUACGACUGGGCGCUACAAAUGGAAGAGGAAGAGGAAGAUCGCGAAAGAGAAGAGCAAACCAUUGAGUUGAAGGAUGUGUUUGAGCCUUCACAAUUGAAGGAAAAGCUCCUUACCGAUGAAGACAACGAAAUCCGUUUCACCGAUGAGCCUGAACGAUUCCAACUCGAUCGAAAGACCUUCAAGAGCCUACAGCUUACGGCUGAGCAGUUUAGAGAGGAAGCGCGAUGGAUUACUAACCAGCUGUGGCCGAAGAAGGGUCUUUCCUCCGAACUCCAGAGCCCAUUCGGCAAAGCUGUAGGCAAGGUCCUCGAGUUCUUUAUCGUUGACGAAGUUGAGGUGCCCUACGUGUUCCAGCAUCGUAAAGAUUACUUGCUACAUACUCGAAAGACGAGAAAUCCGAACCGCGACGACCCUGAUGCACCAGAAUACAUCAUCAGCGCCGACAAGCUCUUGAACCAAGAUGAUCUUUGGAAAAUUCUGGAAUUGGAUAUUAAGUUUCGGUCAUUUGUGGACAAAAGAAAUGCGCUGGAGAAGACCUUUGAAAACCUUAAGGGAAUGGAAAUCCACGAUACGAUUGUGGAAGAGAUGAUUCCGGAGGCAACGACCAUGGAAGAGCUUCAGGAUCUACAAGAUUACUUGCAUUUCCAGUACGGUCCACAAUUGAAGGAUCUUGCUGCCAUGGCUGGCAACCUGUCGUUAACUAAGCGGCCAGGCUCAAAAUCGAACUUACUUGAGAGAGUCCGCCAGGGCAAGGCGUAUAGCUUUGUACGCGCCUAUGGGAUUUCAGCUGACCAACUUGCAAAGAACGCCCUGCGCCAAGGCAAAAAGAUCACUCCCGACGACGAUUCUCAGUACCCCAUGGAUCUCGCGGAUAGCUUGAUCGACGAUAAUUUCGCCACAGGCGACGCUAUCAUCAACGCAGCACGGCAGAUGUACUCGGAAGAGCUGUUCGCAAGUCCAAGGAUGCGUAAACAUUUCCGAAACUCCUACUACCAGGCUGCCGAGAUCAGCUGUCGACGAACUGAAAAGGGAUUGCGCAGAAUCGACGACUCUCACCCCUACUACGAAAUUAAGUAUCUGCAGAACCAAGCUAUCCCCGACCUGGUUCACCAGCCUGAACUCUUCUUGAAGAUGAUGAAGGCUGAGGAGGAAGGUCUUGUUACCAUCAAGCUUGACAUGCCUGCUCGAUAUGAUUUCCGCAGACAGCUCUACCAGGAGUUCGAGUCUGAGAACUUUAGCGAUCGAGCUGAGCAGUGGCGAGAAGAACGCAAGAAAGUACUUGAUGUUGCCUAUCCCAAAUUGGAGAAAAUCAUCGCAAAGAAUGUCAAAGAGGUUAUCCGAACUUUCUGUCAGGAUGAAGUGCUCAAGAUGUGUCGCGAAGAGUACGCAAAACGGCUUGACCAGGCGCCUUAUAAGCCCAAGGGUAUGAUCCUGGGUACUACGCCACGUGUCUUGGUUCUCUCUAACGGCCUGUCUGAUCCCGCCCGCGAUCCUGUUUGCUGGGCUUGGGUAGAGGAAGAUGGACGAGUGAUCGAACAAGGCAAGCUUGGAAAUCUUGCCCGAGAUGAGCGUCAGCGAGAGGAAUUCGAGGAGAUCGUUAAGCGUCGUCGACCUGAUGUGAUCGGCGUUAGUGGUUGGUCUGCUGAGACAACCAAGUUGGUUCGCGACCUGGAGAGCAUUGUCAACGAGAAAGGCCUCAUGGGCCCCGAGUUCGAGGACCCUGACACCAAUGACUACCGAACCGAGCCAUUGGAGGUUGUGGUGGUCAACGACGAGGUUGCCCGCUUGUACAAGGACAGCCCUCGUGCGCUUGCUGAGCACCCAAGUCUGAACCCUGUCACCAGGUACUGUGUUGCUCUGGCACGAUAUAUGCAGAACCCUAUGAAGGAGUAUGCAGCUCUUGGCAAAGAUGUAGCCUCCCUGUCAUACCACCCGUGCCAAAACCUUCUGCCUCCAGAGAAGCUGGCUAAAUACCUGGAUUCAGCCAUGGUUGACAUGGUCAACCUCUGCGGUGUGGAUAUUAACGAGGCCAUGAACGACUCAUACACCGCGAACCUUCUCCCUUAUGUGUCCGGUUUGGGACCUCGUAAGGCCACAAGUGUCAUUAAGGCCAUUAAUGCCAAUGGCGGCGCUGUGGGUACGAGAGAUGAACUCGUCGGCGAUCCCGAUAGUGGCAAGCUACCAGUUGUUGGGCCUAGGGUUUGGAAUAACUGCGCAAGUUUCCUCUUUAUUGAAUACGAGGCCACGAACCCAUCCUCGGACCCUCUAGACAACACGCGAGUACAUCCCGAAGAUUACGAGCUUGGCCGCAAAAUGGCUGCUGAUGCUCUUGAGCUUGAUGAGGAGGAUGUUAAGGCCGAGACGGACGAGAACGGACCUGGAGCUAUCGUCCGUAAGCUCUUCAAGCAAGAUGAGCAGGACAAGGUCAACGAGCUUGUCCUAGAAGAGUAUGCAGAGCAGCUUGAGAGAAACUACAGCCAACGCAAGCGAGCUACUCUGGAGACAAUCCGUGCCGAACUCCAGGCUCCUUACGAAGAACUCCGCAGGAACUUUGCUUUACUAUCAGCAUCGGAAAUCUUCACCAUGUUCACCGGCGAGACCAAGCAUACUCUGUGCGAAGGCAUGAUCGUCCCUGUCAACGUACGUGUUGUCAAGGAGGACUUCGCCAUUGUCAAGCUUGACUGUGGCAUCGAGGGACGAAUUGAAGGUCACGAGGUCAGCCACCGCUCAACCAUUAAAGAAGUGUUGAGCUCUGGCAUGACGGCACAGGCCAAGAUUCUGGACAUCAACUACAAGGACUUUAUGGCUAAGUUGACAAUGCGAGAUGAUUCUAUGCGUAUUCCCUACAAGAGGCCUAUCAAUUUUGGCCGUGAUGGAUGGGAUUAUGCCCUUGAGUCAGCGGAUAAGGAGGAGUUGCGGGAGAAGGACAAGACCACUGGACGAACACAGCGUGUCGUGAAGCACCCCAACUUCAAACCCUUUAAUGGUCUUCAAGCCGAGGAAUUCUUGGGAUCCCAGCCCAAUGGAGAGGUCAUAAUUCGACCCUCAUCCAAGGGUAACGAUCACUUGGCGGUCACUUGGAAGGUUGCGGAUGGUGUGUACCAGCAUAUUGAUGUGCUCGAGAUGCAAAAAGAAACAGAGUUCUCGGUCGGCAAGUUGUUGCGUGUUGGCGGCAAAUACACGUACACCGAUCUCGACGAGUUAAUCGUUGAGCACGUCAAGGCCAUGGCGCGUAAGGUGGAGGAGUUGAUGCGACAUGACAAGUACCAGAACCGAUCUCGGGGCGAGACAGAAAAAUGGUUGACGACGUACAUUGAUGCGAACCCUAACAGAUCGGCAUACGCUUUCUGCAUCGAUACCAAACAUCCUGGGUAUUUCUGGCUGUGCUUCAAGGCCAGCAGGACAGCCACGGUAAUCGCACUACCGGUGCGUGCGAUCCCGCAAGGUUUUGAGCUGAAGGGAUACCAAUACCCCGACAUGCGAGCGCUCUGUAACGGUUUCAAGCUGCGUUAUCAGAAUGAGUUCUCAAAGAUGGGCCAAACGGGCCGUCGUUAG